ACAGAGCAAGGACAAACCUUAAGAAGAAAAGCUACAAUAGAUUUUUGUCUGACCAAGCAGAUCCAGAGCUCUGUUUGCUUGUAAGAUUUCGUAGGCCUGGUCAAUCUGCUGUGUGAACACACUUUCUGCAGGCAGUGUGUUAGCAGUCACUUUCAGGGGUCUCCGGUUGUGUCCAGAACGCCGCCGGCCUUACACCAUGCGGGACCUACGUUCCAAAGGGGUGCUCAGGAACAUGGCGGAUGCUGUAAGGGGGGGCCGCCAGCAACAUGCCUGGUGGGGCAGGAACACAGCCACAUGUCCUCAAAGUUCCUCACACCGUAGUAAUAGUUAUUUGUCUUUCUGAGAACGACUUACAAAACCGGUCUUGCCAUGUGCUUAAAGUAUGCAUAAGGAAGGAAAGAAAAUUCCUAAGUUGUGCAAGUGUUUGUGAUUGAAUCAUGACUGUGGAAAUCUUCAUACUUUCACUUUAGUCAGCUCAGUGGUGUUGAGUCGAGUUUGGAGAUAAUUCGAGGCUACAGCCGCGCAGAAAGAGAAGAAAAGCAAAUUAAUCAAUUGAUUUUGGAUUAAGCAUACUUACAUUUCUCCAAUGGCUUCCUUGUCUAUGCACAUUCAAUGUGGAGUGUGCUUGCAUGAUUUAAGGGAUCCGGUGUGUCUUCCAUGCCAACACUCCUACUGUAGAGUGUGCAUCACCCGUCACUUGGCCGUGAAUGGCGAUGAAAACAGAUGUCCAGAGUGCCGGAGUCCCUUCAGGAGGGAGGACGUCAGGGUCAAUCGAACUUUGAGGAACAUCGUGGAUGCUGUCAGAGCCCAUCUGGAGGAACAGGAAUCCCUCAGAGAAACAUCAAUGUCCACCCUGAGGAGACAAAACUGGACCUCUACAGACCAAUGUCCCAACCACUUCGAGACAUUCAGCCUUUUCUGUGAGACGGAUCACAAACUCAUCUGUGUGGCCUGCAGAGGGGACCGAAGACAUCAGGGGCACAGGUUCAAAAAUCUGAGUGAGGCAUUCCAGGCCAAUAAGUUGAAGGCAGCUGAGAAGUUUGACAUUUUGGUCUGUGAAAACGAGACACUGGUGGAGUUGAUUGAGAGCCAGGCUGACGAGAUUAUAAGAACAAGGGAGCAAUCAAAGGCGCUGUCAGACCAGAUUUCUGAGCAGUUUGAGCAGAUGCACCAAUUUCUGAGAGACAAAGAGGACGAGGUAAAGGCACUGCUGUUGGUGGAGGAGGAUAAUAUUUUAGAACGUAUGGAGGUAAACCUGUUUUCAAUGGAGGAAAUGCUGUCGGAAGUGAAAGUGAAUCAAGGAGUGUUAGUGUCAGCCCUGGAGACGGACGAACCCUGCCAGUUCCUGCAGUGGUGGACUGAGUGUGGACAGUCACUUAUUGGGCAAACAGCGUCAUCUCAACAAAUGCGAUCACCUGUGAGUGAUGUUAGAGUUAUUCGUGACACACUGUUCCUCGGGCCCUAUGAGACUGACCUGAAGGUCACUGUGUGUAAAGACAUGUGCAAAUCCAUCCAACGAGAUUUGCCCGUUUCCUCUGUAUCUCCGCUGAACAUAAUCUGAAUGGAGAGUUGCCCACCUACUUACUUGGUACUGAGACCAACAUGAUAUCUAAAGGUGCUUCAGCAAGAACAUUUUGGAUCAUAUUGUAAAAGAGUGAAUGUUUUUCAUAUUGGAUACAAAAUUGAAGAACAUGUUUAGAAUUAGGGGAUUUUUUAUUACUUGUCCUGUAAUUGCUGAUGUAAUUACUAGUUAUAUAGUCAUAUGUAAAAGUUUGAGCAACCCAGAUCAGGUCCUAUUACAUGUAUUGCUGAUUUUCUAAGUGAAAAUAAGUAAACUCAUCUGCUACAGAGAACACACCUAAAUAUGGCAUUUCUGCACAUUUUAGUGCACAAUUUAUAAAUAAACUAUAAAAUGUACCACAACUUUAGCAUAGGUUGCAUUUUAGUAUAUGUUAAAGCAAAUAAACAGUAACUGCAUUAAAAUGUGCAGAGGUGUUCUCUGUGGAGGAUGUGUUAAUUAUUUUCAUUAGAAAAUCAUUAAAUUAAAAACUUGCAUUAAAAAAAUUUAACUGGAAAAGUUCGUAAUAUAUAAACAAUAGUUAUGUUUUGGGCUGAACUGUGUUUCAGAAAAUAUCUGGCUGUUGUCGGGAAGAAAACCUCGUAUCUCCAUUUUUGACAUUUUUCAGUUUUUGACAUAAUUUGAAAAUGGCUGUUUCCCUUUACAUUGUAUGUAAAUUUCAGGACGAAUGUACUAAAAGAACUUACCCAAAAUUACUUGGAAAAAAGUCUGGUUCCAUUGACUUACAUUAAAAGGAAAGUUUGUUUUUUCCUUCUCCUGUAAAGUUAUAAUUUUGGAGAUAUGAGGUUUUCUUCCGACAACAGCGAUAUGCACAUCAUUUUGUUGAGGAAAUGCAUAUAUAUUAAUUUUGACAUGCACCUUUGUGUGUAGUGAGUGUGUGAAUGUGUAUGUC